GAUAAUUUCCCCUUCCUCGUCUCUCCCAACUCCUAUAAGCCCUAGCGCGGCGAACCAGCAUCCUGCAGAGCCACCCGCGCGCUCUCUCUUCCGUUCUUCGCCAAUUUCACCAUCUCCGGGGACUGUAUAUCUGUACAACUCCCCAUCUCUCCCUUCCAUCUUGCAACUUCAGUCCUUUCUUUUGCCAGGUGUUCGAGAGUUUCGAUUUCGGUUUGGGCCCUUUCAGUUUUCAGUCGAAGUAGCUCACCCUGAACCAGGAUGAAGCGGGUGUGCGAGGCCAGUGAUGACAGAAUCACCAGCCUUCCCGCCGAUGUGAUACAUCACAUUCUGGCGUUCUUACCCAUCAAAGACGCAGCGAAAGCCAGUACAUUGUCGAGAAAAUGGAGGCAUCACUGGAGAAGCAUCCCUCGACUAGUUUUCGAUCAUGGGUUUGCUCGAAACCUAGAAGAGGAUGUCGGUGAGUCGAGCGCGAUGAAUAACCGGAUAAUGCUGAACAUCUGCACUGCCCUGCUUGUUCACGAUGGCCCGAUAACCAAGUUCGAGCUUUCGAUCCCUGGAUUAUGCGCCUGCCGUGAAAUCGACCACAUCAUUCUUCACCUUUCCAGUAAUGGUGUCCAGGACUUUACCCUUAUGUUCUACUGUCGUUACAUUGGCACCGCCGGUUAUCAGAUGCAUACUUCCUUGUUUUCUGCGCUUCACUUGAAGUCCUUGACGCUUCGAUCUUGUGCGUUUACGCCACCAACUUGGUUCACUGGCUUCAGCAUGCUUACCAAUCUUCAGUUAAUAAAUGUCAUUUUACCCUCUGAUUUCUUCAAGGAGUUCCUUCCCAAGUGCCCAAUGCUGGAAUCUUUGAGGGCGAUAGAAUGUAGCGCCCCUGCCGGUAGGCUCGAGAUCGUGGCUCCAUUUCUCAAAUACUUCACCUUUGUGGGCUCUUUUCUGGAUGUCUGCUUCGAGUAUGCACCACUUCUGUCAUAUGUCUCGCUUGAUUUGGCUGAAAGCAACACGCCUGAUAUGGUAUCUUUAUUUGCUUCUCUUCCAGCACUCCAGCAGCUCCUUGUUAACUAUGACAUCCUGAAAUUCCUUGCUCAAGGUGAUAGGAACUUCCCCACCAGGCUUCCUACCCCUAUCGAGGGGUUAAAAGUCCUAGAGACGAUCAGUAUCGUCUUUGAUGGUCUGGAGAUGGAGCGUGUUUUCGUGUGUUUAAUCAUGAGUUCCCCCAACUUGCGUAGCCUCACAGUUCAGAUGGAAAGUGGUGAACCACCUGAUUUGCCCGUUAAUGAUGAAGUUAGCAGCAUAAGGAGAUUGUUGGAAGCAGAGGACUCCCCUGGCUGCCUUCAGUAUCUUAGAGAGUUCAGAAUUGAUGAUACUUGUGGUUGUCAGGCUGAGCUGGACCUCGUGAGGUUCGUACUAGCCACUGCCCCAAUACUUCAGUCGAUUCACAUCACGGCUUAUUACAAAAUGGACACCAAGAAGGUCAUGAAACUAAUGAAGGAGGUGAUGCAUUAUAAGCGUGUCUCUAAAGAAGCCGAGCUCAUAUUCAACUGGAACGACGACGAGGAUUGACACUUCUCCUGUUUUGCAUGAGGCUGCUGCCUUUGGAGGAAAAGAUAAAGAGUUUUGGGAAUCUGCCAUUCCUGCAAUCUUAUUUGUUUUGGGUCUUUAGAUUUUUUUUUUUUUUUUUGCAAAACACCUUGCAUCUAGGAAGAGCACUUGUGAAUCACUAAUGAUAUACCAUAAGCGUCAUAGCCAAGCUGCCAAGGCAAAGAAGUUCAUCCCAAGAUCUUCUAAUUACCUUCAACAUAGUGUUUAAAGAAUGAGGAUAGUUGUGGUGCACGAUAAUUGCCUUCAACAUAAUGCUCAGGAAUGUUAUGAGAAUGAUCGAAACUUUGUGUUGGUUUUGCAUGUUGAAAUCAUAAACCAUGAACUUCUUCGUUACAGAAGUG